AGCAGUUCCUGGACAGUAACUGGCCAAUCAAUGUUUCUGCAGUUACGAAAGUAUACAUUUCAACCAAUGAGAUUGCUGACCGGCAUCUGACAGCCAGCCCCCUGGAAUGUCCACUGACCAAUCAGCGCGCUCUGGGGGCGGGACUUAACGCCUCCACCUGCUGUUACAAACAUUGGGAAGUCAAUGUCAAGCACCCAGCCGCAGCUGAUGCGUGAGAGGCGGCCAGAGGAGUUUUUAUUGCACUUCAUUAGCGAAAGAGCGUAACAGGUAAGCUGUGUGGAUCAGGAGGAUUUCAGGAUAAAGCAGGGGAUUGUCUGUGUGGAGCAGAUCACAGCAGGAACUAAAGUCAGCCUUUACUCACAACCACAUUUAAAGCCUCCGGAGGUUUCAACUUUCUCCUUCAUUUUUUUAUCAAAGGAUUACGUCAUGGUCAGGUAGUUCCUGGAAGUAAUGGGUUUUUUUAAGCAGCUCUACCUCCUGCUUUGGAAGAAUGUCACAUACCGCAGAAGAAACAAGGUCCAGCUCAUCAUCGAGCUCCUCUGGCCACUCUUCCUCUUUUUCAUCCUCAUCUCCGUCCGUCAUUCACACCCUCCUUACAAACAAGGCCAAUGCCACUUCCCAAACAAAGCCUUGCCAUCAGCAGGCACUUUGCCCUGGCUCCAAGGCAUCGUCUGCAACAUCAACAACCCCUGCUUCCACAGCCCGACACCAGGGGAGACACCAGGACAAGCUGGCAACUUUGACAACUCCAUACUGUCACGACUGCUUGUGGAUGCUCAGACGCUUCUGUCCUACAGUGGAAACAGCAGCUUCUCAGGCUUUCAGGACCUGAUGGAUAGCGUCCGGCUGCUGGGAGAAAGACUUGGAUCAUUACCAACGCUCCCUGUUAAAGAAUGUCUGAGACCCAAUGAGACAUUUUCCAACUUUCUCCGGACCAAUGGCAGCCUGUCAUCUGAGACUGUGGAUCAGCUGAUGAACGCUCAUCUUAAUUUUCAGACUACUUUGACUUUCACCCGGAUACCGCUGAAGGAGAUAGUGUGCAAUGCGAGCAUGCUGGACCAGUUUCUGACGGUAGAAGGGCGAGCAGCCAACAUGACUGAUCUCCAGACUCAGCUAUGUGACCUUCCAGCUGAUGUCCUGCAGGAAGCUGAGCGUCUGUUCCUCUCUCAGCUCGAACUCUCCAAGUUCCUUACGAGAGACCGUCUGAUGGCCAAUGCUGGAGACCUGUGGGUCAUUAGUCAGACCAUAAACUCCGUUUCCCAGGAGCUGGCUGUACUCCUUGAUGAUUUCUCAACCCUCACUAGCUUUGCAGAGAUGAGCGCUGCUAUAGUCCUUUUGAGCCCUGAAAAUCGCACAGCGAGGCCGAUGGAAAGUUUUAGAGCUUUUUCGAGGAUUGUAUGCGGUCACCCUGAGUCUGGUGGAGAACGUAUCCCAUCGCUCAACUGGUAUGAAGACAAUGACAUCAAGUCUUUCCUGGGCAGAGACGGCACAGAGGACGUGGAUCCGGACACCAAUAACUACACAACUCCGUUCUGUAGAAAUAUGAUCCAAAGCCUGGAGGCCAACCCUAUGUCCCGCAUCGUGUGGAGAGGAAUUAAACCUCUGUUCAUCGGGAAACUUCUUUACGCGCCAGACACUCCUGUAAUACAGAAAGUCAUGAAAGAGGUGAACAAGACUUUCGAGGACCUGCAGAUACUCCAGGGGGUGAAUGAAGCCUGGAAGGAGAUGGGACCACAAAUCAAGAACUACAUGCAGACGAGUGUAGAGAUUCAGCUGCUGAAGGAUUUGCUGCAACGUCCAGAGAUUGCUGUGAUGGUAAACAUGCGUUUGGCAAACACACGCUGGACUGCUUCCCAGAUUGCCCACUUCCUGUCUACACCCCCAGUAGACACUCCAAGGGAAUCUGGUGCACCGUCUACCUGGAUGGACCUCUACAACGACCUCGGCUUCACCAUCAGCACUUUGGCACAAAUCACUGAGUGUUUCUCUUUGAACAAACUGGAGGGACUGGAGACGGAGGAGGAUCUGAUUGACAGAGCGCUGGAGCUGUUGGAGAACCGGCAGUUUUGGGCAGGUGUGGUUUUUCAACUGCCCAACACCUCCUUGUUUGAGCUGCCGCCCCAUGUUGUGUACAAGAUCCGCAUGGACAUAGAUGAUGUGACUCGCACCAACAAGAUCAAGGACAGGUUUUGGGACCCUGGUCCGGCUGCUGACCCAUUCAGUGACAUGCGCUACAUUUGGGGUGGCUUCGUCUACAUUCAGGACAUGGUUGAGGGAGCCAUGAGCAGCAUACUAACUGGAGUUAAACAGACUACGGGCAUAUACGUCCAGCAGAUGCCCUACCCCUGUUACGUGGAUGACGUUUUUCUUCGAGUGCUGAACCGCUCCCUGCCUCUCUUCAUGACGCUGGCCUGGAUCUACUCCGUGGCCAUGAUCAUCAAAAGUAUGGUGUACGAGAAGGAAGCCCGGCUGAAGGAAACCAUGAGGAUCAUGGGUCUGAGUACAGGGACACUUUGGCUCGGCUGGUUCAUCAGCUGCAUGGUUCCCUUCUUGAUUUCCGCAGUGCUUCUUAUUGCUCUGCUCAAGUGGGGUGUCAUAUUGCCAUACAGCGACCCGGUUGUCGUCUUCUUCUUCCUCACGGCGUUUGCCACUGCCACUAUCAUGCAGUGCUUCCUCAUCAGUACUUUCUUCUCCAAGGCAAACCUGGCUGCUGCCUGCGGAGGACUCAUCUAUUUCAGCUUCUAUCUGCCUUACGUACUGUGCGCAACCUGGAGAGACUACCUCACUUCUACACACCGAAUUGUAGCCAGUUUCCUAUCUCCAGUGGCCUUUGGCUUUGGUUGCGAGUACUUAUCUAUGUUUGAAGAGCAAGGCCUGGGUCUCCAGUGGUACAACCUGCAAGCCAGUACUGUGGAAGGAGACAAGUUCAGCUUCACCACCUCCAUAAUGAUGCUUUAUUUGGAUGCCUUUAUCUACUCUAUUGCAGCCUGGUACAUUGAAGCAGUUUUUCCCGGUGAUUACGGGAUCCCCAGGCCUUGGUAUUUUAUCUUCCAGCUCAACUACUGGGGCGGAGUUCCUCUUGAAGCGGGGAUGCCCAUCCCGUCAGCCCCCACAGACCAGGACGAAGAUCACAUUGAGCCUGAACCCUCUAAUAUGAACCUGGGUGUGAACAUCAGAAAUCUGGUAAAGAUCUACAAGAAGGGAGGGAAAAUUGCUGUCAACCAUCUCAACCUGAAGUUCUACGAGGGCCAGAUCACCUGCUUUCUUGGUCACAAUGGAGCUGGCAAAACCACCACCAUAUCUGUCCUGACCGGCCUGUUCCCCCCCACCUCUGGGACCGUGUACAUCAAGGGCAUGGACAUCCGCUAUGACAUGGACAUCAUCAGGACCACACUGGGAGUUUGUCCACAGCACAAUGUCUUGUUCGAUGCACUCACAGUGGAGGAGCAUGUGUGGUUUUAUGGGUGUCUUAAGGGUUUGUCUGAAGAAAGGGUGAAGGCUGAACUUGACACUUUGCUGGAGGAUGUCGGCCUUUUGCACAAACGCCAUGAACAGACCAAAAACCUCUCUGGUGGCAUGCAGAGGAAGCUGUCUGUGGCGAUAGCAUUUGUUGGAGGUUCAAAAGUGGUUGUCCUGGAUGAGCCCACGGCUGGUGUUGACCCGUACUCUCGCAGAGGGAUCUGGGAUCUGCUGCUCAAAUACCGCAAAGAUCGGACCAUCAUUCUGUCCACACAUUACAUGGAUGAGGCCGAGCUGUUGGGCGACCGGAUCGCCAUCAUCUCCAAGGGGAAGCUGUGCUGCUGCGGAUCUCCGCUCUUCCUCAAGUCUCGCCUGGGAUCUGGCUACUACUUAACUGUGGUGAAGAAGGAGGAAAUGAACACCAACACUCCCAGCAGCUCUAGUAUCUGUACCAGUACCAGCUCUAGCACCAACAAACUUCCUCCUAUGGUCAAGGACAGUGAAUCAUCCUUGAGUGAAGACACUGGACUUGGAAGUGAGGAGUGCAGCCCAUACCUGGCAGCUUUGCUCUCCCUGGUGCAGCAGCAUAUCCCUGGUGCCCGGCUAGUGGAGGAGACUAGAAGAGAGGCCGUGAUCAACCUGCCACAGACAGCCGCCAAAGACAGCAGCCUGGCCGUCGUCUUAUCUAAACUGGACCAAAAGCUUCCUGAGCUGGGCAUCAGCAGCUAUGGCCUGUCAGACAGCACGCUGGAGGAGAUUUUCCUGCAAGUUGCGGAGGAAACCGGUGUGGACAGGGAACCUGAUCCUCAGGGAGGAUCCCCUAACACACAACAUCCACCGGAGCAAGGAACUGGAGGGCAACCUGCAGAAGAGCAACCUGCUGAAGAGCCAGAGACAGGACGGAAAAGACUUCGUAAAAGAGACGCUCAGGAGACGGAGCUGCUGAGUGGAGAUGGUCAAGGUGGGGAGCCUGUGACGGGCGUGUGGCUGAUCUGGCAGCAGCUGAGAGCUCUCUUUGUCAAGCGCUGGCUUUACACUCGGAGGAGCCGCAGGGGAUUCCUCGCGCAGAUUGUUCUGCCUGCUAUGUUCGUGCUCAUCGCUUUGUUCUUCAGCCUCAUUGUUCCUCCAUUUGGGACUUACCCUUCCCUUCAGUUGCAGCCCUGGAUGUAUGGAGAACAGUACACGUUUUUCAGCAAUGAUGACCCUGGGAACCCGGCCACGGAGAACCUACUGGAAGCUCUGCUGGACCAGCCAGGUUUUGGUACUAGGUGCAUGGAAAAGGAGGAACAGGACCACAACACGAGCCAUCAAUGUGAACUGGAGCGGGGUGGCAGGUUUCAGAGACCACAGGUAUCUUUCUCCACCUGGCAGAUGUUCAGCAGAGGCAACUGGAGCAGAGACAAUCCCUCUCCCGGGUGUCAGUGCAGCACAGAGGACGUUCUCCGGAUGCUCCCUGACUGCCCCGAGGGGGCUGGUGGGCUUCAGCCUCCACAGAUCAAGAGGGCAACAGGAGACAUCCUCCAAAAUCUAACAAGUUAUAACAUUUCUGAUUACCUGGUGAAGACCUACCCUCAGAUCCUCAAGAAAAGCCUGAAAGCCAAGAAUUGGGUGAAUGAAUUUCGAUAUGGUGGCUUCUCCCUCGGCGGCAAGGCCUCCACGACUGAACCUCAGGUCGAACAUCUCCAAGACUCAGUUGUGGCAAUUAGGACACGUUACCGAGUCCCGCAGAACAGUUCACUGGAUCAUUUGCUGGACAGGUUGCCGGAGUUCCUAGGAGGAAUGCACAGUGAAAACAACGUGAAGGUGUGGUUCAACAACAAAGGCUGGCAUGCAAUGGUGUCGUUUGUUAAUGUAAUGCACAACGGCAUGCUGAGAGCGAGUCUGCCGCCCGGUCCGGAGAGGAUGAGACAUGGCAUCACUGUGUACAAUCACCCACUCAACCUCACCAAGGAGCAGCUCACCGAAGUGGCAAUGAUGACCACAUCAGUGGACGUUCUGAUUUCCAUCUGCGUGAUCUUUGCCAUGUCCUUCGUGCCGGCCAGUUUUGUCCUUUUCCUGAUUGAGGAGCGCGUCAGUAAAGCCAAACAUCUGCAGUUUGUCAGCGGAGUCAAACCGCUUCUCUACUGGCUGGCCAACUUUACCUGGGAUAUGCUGAACUACGCCGUCUCGGCUGCCAUGGUGGUGCUGAUCUUCAUCUGCUUCCAGCAGCAGUCGUACGUCUCGGAGACCAACCUGCCCGCUCUUAUCCUGCUCCUCCUGCUCUAUGGGUGGUCCAUAACUCCUCUGAUGUACCCAGCAUCCUUCCUUUUCACCGUCCCAAGCACUGCUUAUGUGGCACUGACCUCCAUCAACCUCUUCAUCGGCAUCAACGGCAGCAUCGCCACCUUUGUCCUGGAGCUGUUUGUGGAUGAGCAUCUGAACAAGGUCAACAUUAUCUUGAAGAAGGUGUUAUUAAUUUUCCCUCAUUUCUGCUUGGGACGAGGGUUAAUCGACAUGGCUAAGAACCAGGCCAUGACAGACGCCUUCCAGAGACUAGGCAACAAACAGACUCCAGACCCCCUUCAGUGGGACUUUGUGGGGAAGAACCUGUUUGCGAUGGCAGUUGAAGGUCUUAUUUUCUUCAUCUUCACCAUACUCCUGCAGUACAAGUUCUUCAUCAACUUACAAUCGAGGCCGUGGUGGAAAGAGCCGCAGCUGCCUCCUCUUGGUCCAGAGGACGAGGACGUGGCGAGAGAGCGGGAGAGGGUCAAAAGUGGCAAAGCCCAAUCAGACAUUCUCACCAUGACAGACCUGAGCAAGGUUUAUAAAGCGGGCAAAAUGCCAGCCGUGAAUCGUCUUUGUCUUGGUAUUCCCCGCAGCGAGUGUUUUGGCCUGCUUGGGGUGAAUGGAGCAGGAAAGACGUCUACAUUUCGUAUGCUGACUGGAGACACACCCAUCUCACAUGGAGAGGCUUUCCUCAACCAGCACAGUGUGUUGACGGAGAUGGCGCAAGUCCACCAGCUGAUGGGUUACUGUCCGCAGUUUGAUGCCAUCAGUGACCUCCUGACGGGUCGGGAACAUCUGGAGCUGUACGCCCGCCUGCGGGGGGUGCCAGAGCACUCCGUCGCCAAGGUGGCACAGUGGGGGGUGAAGAAGCUGGGACUGAGCCAGUAUGCAGAGCAGGAGGCCGGAGGAUACAGCGGAGGCAACAAGAGGAAACUCUCUACAGCCAUCUCCCUCAUCGGGGCCCCGCCUGUUAUAUUCCUGGAUGAACCGACCACUGGCAUGGACCCAAAAGCCAAAAGGUUCCUGUGGAACUGCAUCCUCAGUGUCACCAAAGAGGGCAGAGCUGUGGUCCUCACCUCCCACAGUAUGGAGGAGUGUGAGGCUCUCUGCACCAGGAUGGCCAUCAUGGUCAACGGCAGGUUUCAGUGUCUCGGAUCUGUCCAACACCUGAAGAACAGGUUUGGUGAUGGAUACACCAUCAUCCUCCGUUUGGCAGACCCUAAAGCGGACCCCGACGAGUGUCCCGCCAAUGACUACAUGAACAAGUAUUUUCCUACUAUUGAGCUGAAGGAGUGGCACCACAACGUGAUCCAUUACCAGCUGCCCUCACAGGCCUGCUGCCUGGCUCGCAUCUUUGAUGUGCUGGCCAACAACUACGAGGAGCUGGGCAUCGUGGACUUCUCUGUCUCACAGACCACCCUGGACCAGGUGUUUGUCAGCUUUGCAAAGGAACAGACGGAUGAUGACAACCUCGCAAAUGUAGUCAUUGGCAACGGGUCAUCGCAACUAAGCUUAUCCAACCGACUGAAGGCCCCCACCGUCCAACCGCAGCCGCCAAUUACGCCUCCUCAGAGCAAGAAAACUCAACCUCAGCCUGAAAAAUCCCCCGAGCGCAGUGCAAACGCAGGUAAACCCAAAAAGGCCAAAGCCAGCAAGGCCAAGUCCAACGAAGAAAAAAGCAGCAUUGCUAUGAGCAAGUUACCACGGGCAGAAGAGAAGGUGGAGGAGGUGGGCAGCAGCGGCUCAAACAGCAGCAGCGAUCGGAGGGGGUCCGGUAAAUCGAGAUCCAAACACAGCGCGGCAAGUUCCAGCAAAGAUGCCUCUUCGCUCUUCAUAGUCGGCACUAAGUCACAUGACAGCGAGCUGUGAUGCGGGAUGAGGCAGCACGAGUGGACCAAAGACAUCUUUUUAUUAUUCCCUUUAUUCUCAUCUGAAUGCUGCUCAGUGUUCUCAGCAACAUGGUACAACUGAGCUUUUACAUGUCAGUCGGUCAAAAGAGAAAAGUGGAAACAAAUGUCUAAAGUUAAAUUGAGAAAAACAAAAAAGAUGGUUAUUUCUCUUAAUGGAUGUGGUGCCUUUUUCACGUUUUCACACAUCAGUAGCUGUAAACUUUGCACCUGAGAUCAUAAAUCUGGAAGUAUUAACCUCAUCUGUCCAAAUGGUCUAUUUAACCUGGAAAUACAACACAGGUCUGGGUUUUUCUCAGGAUUCAAUCAGUAGAUCUCUUAGUCUUUAUUCUCCAGAGAGCACUUUAACGAAGAAAAUGCUGCAAAAGUCACAGUAGCUGAAAAAUUGUUUCAUGUCAUUAUUGAGAGGAUUUUAUAGUUUAUAGAAAGCUUUUGAGGAGUUCUUGCAGGACAGUUUACAGUAUGUUUGACCUUUUUAUUAUUAUAUUGUUGUUUCAUAAAUCCAACUUUUAUUUUGUUUUUAAAUCUGUUGAUUAUUUUUUAAAUAUAUUUAUUUAUUCUAUCAGGUAUUUAGUUGUAGUUGCUGUCUGUUUGAGGCUGUUGUACGUGUUUCCUUGGUUACUUGUCUUUAACAGAGGUCAUUAUUGUUUUUUUUCAUAUCAUUAUAUGUCAAAUGUUUUUAAAUGAGACAACCAAGCUCUUGAAAGUUUUGAAAACUUUAUUUAAUUGCUGAAAUUUUGAACUGGUAAAAACUUGUGAUAUGCAGAUGUGACUCCACAUUGUUUUAACUGUGUUAUAAAUCAUAACGUUGCCAAACUCUGCAAGUCAAAUAAGAAAAAGAAAAAAAAAUGAUACUGAACAAUCAAAGAAAACCAGAUAGAAAUAUGUUGCUUUUGGUGAAGAGUUUUACUGUAAGACUAUUUAUGCAUUUAUUCAUUUUCUAAACAAAUAUCUGAAUGUUUAAAGCAAGCUGUUACUGCACUGCAAUGCACCAUUACAUAUUUAAAAGAUUACUAUAGUAACUUUAGGGAUCGCAUGAGACCAAAAUAAUAUCAAAAACCUAUGUUUCAACUGCAUCAGAUACUUUGAUAAAAUUCUUAAGAAGUAAACUGGUUCAGAAAUUAUGCAAAACUGAAACUCUUAAGCUGGAUCAAAUGAAAUCAGGAGACUCAAUUUGAAAUGAGGCUCUUUGUACUGCUGAAUGUACACGUCUACUUGAACAUUAUUUAUCUGUGCAUUUACUGUAAAAUGUACAUUAUAUCCCAAAAAUCUUUUAAAAUAAUAAAAUAAAUAAAGGUAUUUAAUUUUCAGCAUCUUUUUUUUUUUUUACUCUGUUGGUAGUUUGUUUUUUGAUUAGUCAUGGGAAGUCGUCAUGAGUUUUUUCUUUGUCAGAAUAAAGAAGAAUAUUCUCCAUGCAGAAAAAAUGUCCUCUUUAUGUUUACUCUGCUGUUACUCUGAUGUUUCUGUUGCUGGUCAUCUGCUUAAAGGACAAAAGAGAAAAUAAAUAACUUUUCCCCUGUAUCUUUAAACUGAACUCAUAUAAUUGAUGCACACCUGUCUGUAAAAACCUUCUAAAUUUACUUCAGUUAUAACAUUAUCAAUGGUAACUAUUUUAAAUUCACCUACAUAGUCUUGAAAUUUGGUUAAGGAAUAGAAAGUUGCAUUUUUGCUCAUGACAAACUGAAAUUAGAGACUCUAACUCCCAAAUGAUCUUUUCUUUUCUUAAAUCAAAGACUAGAAAAUCAA